AUGCAGACGCCCUAUCCGUGGAAGGAUGUUCUUGGAAGUGCCGGGCUACCGCAUGCACAAGCCGACGUCCUGAAAUUACUACAUUUGCGGUCCGGCAGACGGCUUCCGCUGCUAGACCUUCCGGCAGCUGAUGGCCGUCCCGAGGGACUCCGCUUGGCUUCGCUUCCGCGGGAGGCGAGGAGUGCGGCUUCAGAGCUCCGCGGCCUGCUCUCCGAACGGGUCCUGGAGCUGGGCCUGAGCUUCUACGCGGUGAAGUCCAGGCACGGUGCGGCGCGCAACGGCGUGCUCUUGCGUGGCCGGCGUGCGCUCCGGGCCCUGGGGCCAAGCAAGGAAGCAAAGGAAGCGGCGCCCCUCCGGAAGCUCCUCCUCCCGGAGGCCGAAAGCCGCUGCAACGGCCUGGUCCGCCGCUACCGACCUGGCCAGUCGCUGCCACGGCACGUGGACAAUGGAAUGUUCGAGGACACCAUUGUGGGGGUGGUGCUGAAGUCCUCGCCCAUGAAUGGUCUGCGGCUGUGUCAAGAGACUCCGUCGCUCGACGGCUCCAUGGUUUUGCUGGCGGAGGCUCAGGGGUCGCAUGGCUUGAAGGCAGAUUUCUUUGCAGAGCUCGGCUUCAAACUGGAGGAGGAGGACGGACUGUGCUUCUGCCUGGAGGGUCAUGCGCGACAGCUGGCUCACGAGGUGCCGCCGGUGAGCUCGGAGCGCGUGUCCGUGACCUUUCGCUGGUUCCGAGCAGACUUCCUCAAGGAGUUGGAACACAUGGAGGCCCGCCUUCAGUGA